AUGGACUGUGUUUUGUCAGAUUUGAGGCAUUCGUUCGGUAGUGGUGACGUGGAUACUCAACACAAUCUUAUAGUUAAAAUUGAAAAUUGGAGUCGUGUUCGCAUUGAUGCAGAAAAUGCCCAGACAAUUAAUGAUUAUCUUUACAAUGUACUGCCCAUUUAUUAUUCACAUUCCUUCCAUGAGUGUCCUUUAUGUAGAUCCGAUAACUAUAUGACCUGGACAUCCCUUUUAGCUUCGUUUCUUGAUUCCAGAGUGUUGCUUCAUAAAAAUAACUCGCAAAAAAAUCCUGACUUGUUCAACUCAAAAGAUCUCUGUAUGGUGGAGUUCACACUUUCAGGUGAAACUAUUUAUCUAGUUGACGUACUUCUACAAAUGAACACCAUUGCUCUUGUUCCUGAGUUUGGAGAGUUCGUGGCAAAACGAGUAUUUUCUCUAGACAAGUCGACUUAUAAACGUCAUGAGAAUGCCAUCAGAAUUCUCAUGCUUCAUAAAUGGCUGGAUCUUAACUUUUCUCACAUUCUGAAGCCCACUUAUGAGCAACUGGGUAGAUAUUUGGAUCCUAAUUCCGUUUUGGACUGGAUGGGUUUAAGAAUCCGGACAAAUAUUAAAAAAAAACACUGGAGAUGUUGCACAGUAGCAGACAAAAUACAUGUACUUUUGAACUUUUUUGAUCUAUCUACCUUGGCAACACUGCUUGGUCAAUCUACCAAUUCAGAUGGCGGAGAACAGGUUAACUGUAAGAAACAAAACAUUCAUCACCAUAAAGAAUCGAAGGAGCACUUUCGAGAAAAGAAGAUUGCCAGAAAACCCCAUCCAUCUGCUUUACCAAUAGAGGGUGACGUUUGUACAGAUAUAGUCAAAGAAUUAGAUAAAGAGGGUAAUCAGUUCCCCAUAUAUUCACUUGAGAAACCGGGAAACUCAAGCAGUCCGAAUACACAGCGGGAUACAGAUAUCACAUCAGGAGCUAAGCGAAGACAAACGGAUAAAAAUGAUAGAAAGCGCACGAUGUCUGAUUGGGAAGAGAAGGUUCAGGCUGAUUAUGGGUUCAGCAGACCACCUAAGAAGACGAAAUUGAACGGUGAAUGUAAUAACAUUGAGAAUGCAGACGGUGAGAUAGACGUGUUGGAUGUAGGAAACGACAUCGACACUAACCAGGAUGUGCGAGAUGAUGUUAGUGCAGACACUUCCUUGCAUGGAAAGCCAGUCAUACCAAUGGAACAGAGUCAGGACAUGGGUUCACCUGGUAAACGGAAAACACCAAAGAAGGACAGAACCCCGACGGUUAAUGGCUCUGAAGUCAAGAAUGCUAUUGUGAGCCCCACUACCUCAACUGAAAAGAGAAAGGCAAGUCGCAGCAAUAUGAAUAUCAGAAGUGAGGUAGACGUGUUGGAUGUAGGAAACGACAUCGACACUAACCAGGAUGUGCGAGAUGAUGUUAGUGCAGACACUUUCUUGCAUGGAAAGCCAGUCAUACCAAUGGAACAGAGUCAGGACAUGGGUUCACCUGGUAAACGGAAAACACCAAAGAAGGACAGAACCCCGACGGUUAAUGGCUCUGAAGUCAAGAAUGCUAUUGUGAGCCCCACUACCUCAACUGAAAAGAGAAAGGCAAGUCGCAGCAAUAUGAAUAUCAGAAGUGAGGUAGACGUGUUGGAUGUAGGAAACGACAUCGACACUAACCAGGAUGUGCGAGAUGAUGUUAGUGCAGACACUUCCUUGCAUGGAAAGCCAGUCAUACCAAUGGAACAGAGUCAGGACAUGGGUUCACCUGGUAAACGGAAAACACCAAAGAAGGACAGAACCCCGACGGUUAAUGGCUCUGAAGUCAAGAAUGCUAUUGUGAGCCCCACUACCUCAACUGAAAAGAGAAAGGCAAGUCGCAGCAAUAUGAAUAUCAGAAGUGAGGUAGACGUGUUGGAUGUAGGAAACGACAUCGACACUAACCAGGAUGUGCGAGAUGAUGUUAGUGCAGACACUUCCUUGCAUGGAAAGCCAGUCAUACCAAUGGAACAGAGUCAGGACAUGGGUUCACCUGGUAAACGGAAAACACCAAAGAAGGACAGAACCCCGACGGUUAAUGGCUCUGAAGUCAAGAAUGCUAUUGUGAGCCCCACUACCUCAACUGAAAAGAGAAAGGCAAGUCGCAGCAAUAUGAAUAUCAGAAGUGAGGUAGACGUGUUGGAUGUAGGAAACGACAUCGACACUAACCAGGAUGUGCGAGAUGAUGUUAGUGCAGACACUUUCUUGCAUGGAAAGCCAGUCAUACCAAUGGAACAGAGUCAGGACAUGGGUUCACCUGGUAAACGGAAAACACCAAAGAAGGACAGAACCCCGACGGUUGAUGAGAAAAGCGCAAGGUUGAGUAUGAAUGAUUUGGCUACUUCACUGGACGCUUCAGCAUCAUUAUCUUACGUGAAUUCGGGAAAUAAUAUGUGCACCUCAGCUAAGCUGUGCAUAAAUAAUGGUUUAAAUAAACCAGCUACCAGGCAGUCGAAAACCAUAGAUACUGCUGUUUGUAAGUCAGCUACUGUGCGAGGCAGUUACUCAUUGCGCAACAGGAAUUCUUUGAGAUAG